UGACUGUGAGAAGCAGUUGGUGAACCUGCAGGCAAAAGUGAGUGUGCCACAACUUUGCUUGCAACUUGCGGCGUUCAAAAAUAAGAAAGAAUAUUUCGAGAAUCGAAGAAAAUAUCUUGAAAAUUUAAAAACUUCUACCUCGAACCAACUGGCAAAUAUAGUAAUUGGAGUAAAUGAAAACAACAUGUCAGUGGAAGAUUUGAAAAAAUUCAUGAAGACGUUGAGCAAAGAAAUGCAGAGGUACAUCAAAGGUCAUGCGGUGCUCGCUAAUAAAGAAAACAUCCUGAAGACGGUAGCCGCCUCUCAGGUGAGUAUCAUUUUCGGCAAUGCAGGCAUGGGCAAGACGACACAAAUCGCCCAAUACAUCUACGAAGAAUACAAACCAGAUAGAAUGAUUGUGUGCACGCAACCGAGAAAAGCCGAAGCAGUAUACGUGGCCAGAAGGGUAGCCAACGAUAUGGGGUCAUCUUUGGGUCAACUUGUGGGUUAUCGGGUGAGAGCGGACUGGAAACUGAACAGUGACACGCGAAUUUUAUUCAUCACCGAUCACGAGCUGGUAAACGAAUGGUUCGCAGAUGAAUUAUUUUCUCGUUAUUUCUGCAUCAUCUUAGACGAAGUGCAGGAAAGAACUAUUUACACGGAUUUAUUGCUCUGGUCGCUCAAACAAAAUCUUUCGCGACGUCCAGACCUCAAAGUUAUUAUCAUUUCUACAGACACUGACAAACUUCAGUACGACUACGUUGGAUACUUUAAAAAUUUUAACCCAACUCAGUUAAAAUUAAUAGAUAACAUCUUUCCUGUUGGAGUGAUUUACAAAGCUGUUGCAGUUUCAGAAAAUCAUGUAAAACACGCAUGUCUAAAAGCACUGGAAUUUCAUAGAGAGGAAGAAGUGGUAGACGGUGCAAAAGAUAUACUUGUCUUCCUGGCAACUCAUUCUGAGAUUGAAGAGGCCAUUGAUGAAAUAAAGUCUAAAAAUAUUAAUAAUCUUCUGCCAUUGGGUCUCCACGAACACAUGCGAGCGGAAGACAUACAGGAUGUAUUCGCGCCGACGAUGAAUGGUUUCAGGAAAGUUGUGUUCGCUACGAAUGUUGCCCAAGCAUCUUUGACAGUGCCUGAAAUCAUCUGCGUAAUUGAUAGUGGCAAAGAAAGAAUGAGAAAUCUUGGCACUGGUAAUAAAAACAGUUACCGUUUUCAGAAAAUUUCGAGUUACAGCGCUGAAGAGCGUAGAAAAUUAGCUGGUAGAAACGACGCUGGCAUAUGUUAUAGGCUAUAUUCCGCAAAAGAUUUGGAUUCAAAUCCAUCGGACGAUAUGGUUGAAGUUUUAACAGACCGACUAAAUGGAUUUAUUUUAAAACUUAUGUCACACGGAAUUAACAAAUUUGAAUGUUUGGAAUUCUUUAAAAAACCUCCAACAGAACCAAUAGAAGAAUCCUUCAAAUCAUUAACAGCGAUUGGGGCCAUUGACAAUAACAAUCAACUGACAAAACUUGGUAAAUUAUUAGCUGAAAUAAAUUUAAAUCCAAAACACGCAGAAUUCAUUCUGGAGGGUAUUAAAGAACACCUCGGUUACGAGUCUUUGGUUAUAAGCGUGUUGAGUUCCUUUGAAAAAUUUCAGUUGAUGAAAUUGGAUAAAAACACAAAAUGUAACAUGGGUUUGCACAUAUCAAUAUUUUUUGAUAAUUUCGGCGAUAUGAUAACGUGGCUGAACAUUUAUCAAGAUUUUCUUUAUGGACAAAAGUUUUGCAGGGAUAGCUGGUGUGAUUAUUAUCUCGUCAAUUCGAAGACAAUU